AUGCCUGCGGACUCUAGAAGGAAAGGGAGGCGUCGUACACGUACUCCCUCGCCUUCUAAUACUCUGAACGAGAUUUUGAAGAGACUACAAGAUCUGGAGGAACGGGCACGCGGGAGCGAGCUUCUAUCUGCUUCGGUGGUAACCCCGGAGCCCUGCCGAGCUCUCACUAUGCCAAGCACGCCACUGCCAGCUGUGGAGCCUGCCACAACACCUGCCUGCGCACCCCCAGCUUCUGCACAAGACGUCGCUGCCACAUCGACGCCUGCGGGGAACGACGCAAAAAGCGUUGCAGAACGCUUCCUAGACGCUAUCAUCCAAUUCCCGACGCUUGCUAUUUUAAUUUUAACCCUUUUGCUAUCAAGCGCCAUUAAUUCUAGAUGUGUGUGCCUAACGUAUUGUUUUGUUGUAACAGGUUGCGAUGAAGAUCAAGACCAAAAUGGUGCUGAUCCAUCAUCAAGGACUGAUGAGGACCGCGAGGACGCUGCCAUGUCAGGAGAGGCCGUGUUAGAUGGCAACACUAUU